AUGGGGUCGAUGGUCAAGUUCAGCCCCAUCCAGGUGCUGGACUCGGUGAUCGAUCGGCUGCGCGGGCAGGACCCCCUGGGCUUCUUCGAGGAGCCCGUGACGGACGCGGAGGCGCCCAACUACUCCCAGGUGAUCGACAACCCGAUGUGCUUCCAGCGCAUGAGCGAGAAGGUGCGCUCGCGGGCGUACACAACCUGGGGCGCGUUCGUGAGGGACUUCGAGUUGAUAUGCGCCAACGCGAUGGAGUACAACCAGCGGCGCAGCAAGGUGCACAAGGCGGCGCUGCAGCUGCAGCGGCAGGGGAAGCUGGACCUGGAGGAGAUGGAGCUGGAUGCACGCCUGGCCAUCUACCUCCUCCACCCAGGUGGGCCCUCUGAGGCCAUGGCCGACGAGGUCGACGAGGCUGAGGAGCUGGGUCAGCCCAAGCCGCUGAAUGCCUUCCUGCAUUGCCCUGGAAAGUACCCCCUGCCACUGAGCCCUCCCGAGGCCGAGCAGGUGGAGCCAGAUGUUGAUUCCUAUAGCUGUUUCUCUGGUACGGACGAGGAGGACACGAGGGGCUGGGGGCCGGUGGGACCCGCAGACAUGGAGCGCUUUCUGCACAAUUUGGAUGAAGGCGUGGCUUGGGAGCCGUGGAGCAGCGUGCAUGGAGAGGUAGAGGAAGAGGACGAGGGGGCAGAAGGGGACGAAGAAGGCCGGGCAAAGAAGCGGAAGGGGGCAGCAGAUGAGCGGGAGGAUGACACGAGCCUGCCAGAGGACUGGCAGGAAAUGUGCAGGAGUGUGCAGUGGCGCUGCAGGUGGCUGGAGCUUAGGCUGCGUGCACUUCGUGCCCAGAAGCAGCAUUACAGUUUCCGCUGCCAGGGCCUGACGCCAACCACCAGCCAGAGUCUGCCCUGCUCCUCCCCUGUGGGAUCUGGGCCCUUUGACAACAUGAAGAAAUCCAGCACCACAGAAGCCUGCCCACGCGAUGGUGGCCACCUCAAAAGGAAGCUGCAACGGAGCGAAAUCCCAGAUCUGCAACGCGAUCGCAUUCUGCACCACCCCUUCUUUUCGCUGCACUGUGGUGUAGGAAAGUUGGGCAAGAAGCCCAGAGAAAAGGAAACGGAGGAGAACGGUUCAAAUAUGACGACCCCUGGUGCCCAGAGCGGGGAUGACGCUGGGGGUUUCACAGACAGCGAUGACGAGUGCUAUGCGGCCCGUGCCCAUGCUGCGUUGGGGAUUCUGGGGGAGGAAGCAAAGCGUCUUAUAAAUCUCGUGCAAGCAAGAAGAAAGGUAGGGCAGUCACUGCCCCCCAAACCCACUCCCCUUCGGCCACAGAAAAGCCAGAGGUCAAUCUCUCAGCCCAAACCUCGAAUAUCUCGCCCAGACCAAACUAAGCGGGCUCGGAGCGUGAACGAGGCAGACGACCUGAGCAUUGGCAUAGGGACCCUCUCAGGGGCACCUUCCAUCGAACGGCCGCCCAAGCAUGACAUCUCAGUGCCGAGUGUGUCGAGGCUGCCAGAUGAGGAGAUCGAACAGAGAGAGAAGGCCAUAAAAGCCUGGAGAGCUCUGCUGCUCGAGGACCCCACGACGUCAGUUGUGCCCGAGGAGGUCGUGGCCGCCCUGCAGAACGUUCAGGACCAGAGCUCCGACUCGGAGGCCACAUCUGACGAGGCCUUCCUCACACGGCACAAGGCCAUGGAGUCCUCUGAGCAGGAGCGCCACAUGGUCGUCUUUGGCCCGCAGAAGAAGAACAAGACGGACAGCAAGGGCGUGCUGGGGUCGAAAAAGGCCCCACAGGCCAAGGGAAUGCAGGAGGGGCACGGGCUGGGGAUGUCAGCUGGCUUCCCCGGGCAGCGGCCGCUGGACAGUCUGGAGGGAGGCCUGUCAAGGGAGCGGAUGGCUGGGGGAUCUGUGCCUAUGGGAGCCUUGGGGAGUGCACCCAGCACAACUGCCGUGUGCUACGGGGAUGAGUCAGGGGUGCGUGCACGGGGCAGGCCUGGACGCAAAACGGGUCGGCCGAGGGGGAGGCCACCACAGAUUGCCAGGCAGUCAAGUGGCUGGAAUUCGUCAAUCGAGUUGACAGAUAGGUCUCCAAGGCUUUCAGCCGGAACACCUCGGGGAACAUCAGCCAAUCUGGGAUCCAUUGGCGCAGACGAUGCUGUUGGGAUAGCAUCAAGCGCGCUCCAAGGCGUCCUGGGACCAUCACGCACGGACAUCGACCACGCCGCUCCGUCGGACAAGCUCAAGACGCCCCGCACCCCCCUGCUCGUAAAGACCCACACCGCCGUGCACCCCUCCGCCUUAUCGGUGGGCCCCACACAGCCUCUUCUGGAGCCAUCUAUGCUCCCACUGGGCCCCCUGUCGAGGGCGCCCCAGGGAGAGCCGGAAUCCAGUUCAGCCAACGGGCUUGCUGUGGGAAGCUUGUCUUGCCGGGAGCCAAGCACCGGGCCCUUAGGGGGAGGGCAGCUGCAGCUAAGGCCCCCUGUGACGAUGCGCAUCGGGGGCGGCAGGGACCCGGGCCCGAAGGACCUUGGCGCUCCGGGCAUCGAGACGAUCCCCGAGUCUGACGAGGAGGAUUUGGAUGAAUCGGGGAGGAGCGGUAGGGCCGAGGCGAAGGUGGAGGUGGAGAUCGGCUCAGGGCCUGCGGUGACCAUUGGGUUUGGGGCUGGAGUUUCGGGGACGCUGGCGACGUGGUCGAGCCCCGGCACGCUGGCAGGGUUCGAGACGGGGGGCGUUGGGCAGGUGGCCGAGCACAGGGACGGUGAUAAAUGA